CCUCGGCUGGCUCGGGUUCCUCGCCCUGUGGCAAUGCACCUACGAGCCAAAUAAUCGACGUCAAAAGCUGUCAAAUAUGGCCGUAGUACGUGUGUCCGACAUGUAAUUGACAUGCAGAGGACAGAGGGAGUGAUAGACUUGGUGUGAAAAAAAAAAUCAACGAAAUCCGGAGUCAAAGGCGAAAAAACGGUGGAGAUUUUUUUAAAAAAAGGCGAGGACGAUGUGAAACGACGUGCACACAAGUCACGCCACAGUGAAACAGUGUUUUUGUAGUCUACAACGAGUCUAGUCCAUACAUAGUAUCAUCGGGUGCUCGUGUUGAUUAAACUCAAUGGGAAAAAAAUAACACAGUUAGUUUUGUGAUAAUAUGUGAAGGGAACUGUUGAUAAAACGUAAUUGGAGGGGUGCCGGAAGUCGAUGCGCCGGAGGAGUUAUUGUCUCGGGAUACACAUUUCAGUGGCAAACCGGUCAGGGGGUUGAAGUGAGUGAGAGAGAGGAUAUAGAGUGGAUUGUCUUUCGAUAUAAAAGGGGGGAACUUUGGGGGGGCGGGGGGUAGGUGGAGAGAAGUAAAGAAGGAUUGAGAGUAGUGCAAGGGCUAUGGUAAUUGUCAAACUAUGGGUGCUCAACAGACCAAGGACAGAGUUUUACCAGCCGGCUCGACAGUGAGACAGGCCCGAAAACAGCCGAGGAAUCCCAAGGAAUCGCGGCUCAUCGGAUCAAAUAUUUUCACCGAGCACAGCGAAGCACUUUUGCAAAGUAGGCCUCUACCACAUAUUCCUGCCUUGCCCGAGGGUGAUCCACCGAGUGGCUCAAGUGUCCAGUCACUGUCACAGCAGUCUAAUUUUUCUCAACACUCGAGUGUCACUGGUGGCAGUCUACUCGAGGCUGCUAACAGAUGGACAAGCAAGGAGAAUCUUUUAGCACAGGAAGAAGAUGAUCCACAAUUGUUUGUUGCACUUUAUGACUUUCAGGCUGGUGGGGAGAAUCAACUUAGCUUAAAAAAAGGCGAACAAGUUCGGAUAUUAAGUUACAAUAAGAGCGGUGAAUGGUGUGAAGCCCACUCCAGCACUGGCCAAGUGGGAUGGGUGCCAUCCAACUACGUAACACCGGUUAAUUCGUUAGAAAAACAUUCCUGGUAUCAUGGAAGAAUAGCGAGAAAUGCAGCUGAAUAUUUGUUGAGCUCCGGUAUCAAUGGUAGUUUUCUUGUGCGCGAGUCUGAGAGUAGUCCUGGACAACGAAGUAUUUCAUUAAGAUACGAGGGUAGAGUUUAUCACUACAGAAUAAAUGAGGAUAGCGAUGGAAAGAUGUUUGUCACAACUGAGAGUAAAUUCAAUACACUCGCUGAACUCGUCCAUCAUCAUUCAAUGCUGGCGGAUGGAUUAAUAACGCAACUGCUUUAUCCAGCACCCAAACACAAUAAGCCGACAGUAUUUCCACUGAGUCCAGAGCCCGACGAGUGGGAGAUCAAUCGUACUGACAUUGUCAUGAGACAUAAAUUGGGGGGUGGACAGUAUGGCGAUGUUUACGAGGCUGUUUGGAAGAGAUACAACAUGACUGUUGCUGUCAAAACACUGAAGGAAGACACAAUGGCACUGAAAGAUUUUCUCGAAGAAGCUGCCAUCAUGAAGGAAAUGAAGCACAGAAAUUUGGUGCAAUUGCUCGGUGUGUGCACACGUGAACCACCUUUCUACAUUAUAACUGAAUUCAUGAGCAAAGGAAAUCUUCUCGAUUAUUUGCGUAACGAGAGUAAACACCAGAUUAAUGCUGUGGUUUUGAUGCACAUGGCGACACAGAUUGCCAGUGGAAUGAGCUACCUCGAGAGUAGGAAUUUUAUUCACAGAGAUUUAGCCGCAAGGAAUUGUCUAGUUGGUGAAAAUCACCUGGUGAAAGUCGCUGAUUUUGGAUUGGCAAGGCUCAUGAGGGAUGACACUUACACAGCACACGCUGGUGCCAAGUUUCCCAUCAAAUGGACGGCACCUGAGGGCCUGGCGUACAAUAAAUUCUCGACAAAGUCCGAUGUUUGGGCAUUUGGCAUUCUACUCUGGGAAAUAGCUACGUACGGAAUGUCCCCUUAUCCUGGGGUCGAUUUGACUGAUGUGUAUCAUAUGCUGGAGAAGGGGUACAGGAUGGAGUGCCCACCUGGCUGUCCACCCAAGGUUUACGAACUUAUGCGCCAGUGCUGGCAGUGGAGUGCUGUCGAGAGACCUACGUUUAAGGAGAUUCAUCAUUCUCUGGAGAAUAUGUUUCAAGACUCCAGUAUCAGCGAGGAAGUAGAGAAACAACUGCAGGGAGGUGGUGAUACACCAACUUUGUCCUAUAAGAAAUCCCAGACUGGAAGUACUGGGAAUAUUCAUGGCCUUGUUCUCGUGUCCGAUCAACUGUCUACCUCAGGUUUAACGCAAGGUCAAAAUUAUGGUGCGAGUAGUGUCACCAAACUGAGUACGUUCAUGAGUGGGCACUCGAAUAAAGGCAACAGCAGUAUUGUCCAGAUGCGUCGAUCGACGAAUAAAAAAGGAAAACAGGCACCAGCACCUCCCAAGAGAACAAGUUUAUUGUCAUCCUGCAGUUCAUUCCGUGACUCAGCUUACCAGGAGCAAGAUCAGCAGAAUAUCGAUGUAGGCGCUGUUACAUUAGACGAUGGGACCGAUCUAAAUGGUAUUGAUAACGUUUUUGAAGGUAUCACGCGAGAUCUCGUGACAAUGGCGUCAGUACCGACGGGAGGCUGCGAGAUGGAUGAGGACGGUGAUGGGUCCCAGGGUACUGCCGAGCCUAAUUUACCACCACUGCAGCGAUCUGCAUCACCAGAGAUCACCAUACAGUGCAAUCAGAAACAAAUUAAAACACGACAGUAUCCAUCUAAGGAAGUACUACCACAGAAGCUGGUGCACGUGGGUGCCCUGGAAGUGCAAAAUGUUAAACGUGCGAUAAAUCGUUAUGGCACGUUGCCCAAGGGUGCGAGAAUUGGAGCUUACCUGGAGUCACUGCGUCAGAGUGGAAUGCCGUCUGGUGGUGAGGCCCCUGCCAUAAUUGACCAGCAGCAUCAACCGCAGCCACCUCACCCCCAGCAUCACGAUCCAGCCACAGAGUUAUCCCAGCAUCGUUCGCUCUCACCGCGUCAAAAUAAUCUUAGGAAUCAGCCCCAAAUGACGAGAAGCAAUUCGUCGAGUGGAGUUGUCAAUACUUAUCAACCCCCCAAUUCCCCAAGAAGUCGUGGUAUGUCGGGCAGAAAGAACAAUCCCGAGAGCAUUGGCCUGCGAACGUUUCGUGCGCCGAAUACAUCGACAUUCAGAACAGCCAGUCCCUCACGAUCAAUUCAACCGACUCUAGCUGAUCUCGAGUUCCCCCCGCCGCCCCUCGACCUCCCACCGCCCCCCAACGAGGAGCAUUACGACUCAACAUCAAUUAACGAAGCCACACAUCCACCCAGACCAUCGGGCUCUCCAGUAUGCAUGAGAAAAUCGAAGAUUGAACGGAGAUCGCGUGAAGAUCCAGACGAAGACGACAAAAACAACGACGUGAGAACGGCCGAGCCAUCGGUGAAGGAGGCGUCCUCACGUUUUGGUGUGAAUUUGAGGCGUCGCGAGGUGUCCAGUGAAGCUGGCGGGCCUGCCAAGUCUAGUGAUGAGAAAAAAGUGCCAUUCAGAUCGGGUAAGGACGCAGGCCCUGCCAAAAACGAGACUGCCUGUAUUCUAUCACCCCCUCUCGAGGCACCCCCNUCCCCUCCACCCCCACCACCUCCGGCGAACAAUGAACCUGCUAACGAUACAUUCAACUCGAAACCUGGAAUGAAGGAAAUGCUGGAACUGAAGUUGAUCAACGAAAUUCGCCAGAAUGCAGACUCGAAAAACGUAGGAUCAUCGAAGAAAUCUAAUGUACCGAAUAAUGUUUCAUCCCUUUCUCUGGACCCUGCGUCGCAACUGUUGUCAGAGCUGUGUGCCAGUUUCAGUAUGGAACACGGUAUCAAGCCAGUUAUUCAGAACGAGUACGCAAUGUCGAAUGUAAAGGGCACGGAGCCUGUCCCCGAUCAUCACCCAGAGAAGCCCACAAUCGUCAAAGAACUCCCUUCCCCGAUGACUGAGAAUGUUGUGAACCCUGGGAAUGUCGGUUUUAAACUGAAAAAAGUUGACAAACGGAGUAAUCCCAGGGAGGAGAACACAGAUAGCCAGAUAAUAGACUUCAAAGCGAGACUGAGGAAGGUUGAUAACACUGAGAAAUCCCAGCAGGACGAGAAGAACAGGAGGUCGGAGGAUCCCAGCACUGACGCCUCAGAGCCUGAUGAUGGGGACGACAAGCGCAGGAGUACAGGGAGCAUAAGCAGUUUGAAGAGACUCUGGGAGAAUAAGGAGGCCUCCUCCGACAAUCAGCCACUGAGUCCUAAACUGGGGGUGAGGGGAAUCAACAAACAGGACAUGUUGGAUCCUGGGGAGGAGAGCCCGGAGGACCACAGUGGGGCUUCGACGAGGAGUUCGGCGACCAGUAAGAGCGAUGGACGCAGCUGGCAUCCUGCUAGCACUUCUGGAGACUCGGAGAAGCCAGUGGUGCCUGCCAAACCGUCGAAGGGCAUUGGCUCCUCUGGUAAAUACUUUGGGUCUUCGAUUUAUGCAACUCCUAACUGCGACAAAUCAUCGCAUGACGAGGAUCCGGGGAAGGAGGGAAAAGCCGCGAAACACGAGGUCCUGGAGCUGGCGAAUGCCAUUGAGACGAGCAUCACUAAUUUGAAGGGCACACCUGGCAUUGUCAUGGCCAGUUGGCUGCAGUUGUCGGACAAAGUUGGACUUCUUCAUGGGCUUCUUCAAGGUAUCACCUCGGUCGAGAGUGGAACUGUCCCACCUCAUGCCAGAUUUCAGUUUCGGGAUUUAAUGUCACGUCUGGAGCUGCAGGCGAGACAACUGAGGGCCGCUGGCACGAGAAAUAUCACAGAGAAUACAAGACUACUUAGUGACGUACAGAAUACGAUUAAAGACGUGACGAAUAUGGUACAGAGAUAAAUGCAAUUUCUAAUCAAAAUUUUUGGAUUCAGGCAAGUGGCUUUGUUUUAUUUUUUCAUUUCGUUGGGUUUGUCGUUUUUCUGAUGAUGAUGAUGGGAAUAAAUCGUGGCUCCUCGAAUGGGAGGAUUUUUCUCAAUUCUUGUGGGACGGUGUCUUUGAAUGAAGAUAUAGUAUAUAUAUAAAUAUAUAAAUAAACCAUAUAUCUAAGUCAUUAGUGAUGAAAACAAAAAAACAAGCGACCGAAGGAACAGUAUUUCUCUUUCGAGCGAAGCCAGAAGUUUUUAAUGAGUAAUUAAGGAGAAACAGAUAGUUUUUAGAAAUGCUAAUCGGUGAAUCGAUGCUAUAUAGCCUGAUACUAUACUUACGAAAUGGUAUGAUAUUUACAAUUUAUAUUUGCAGAAAACAAACUAAAAUUACCUUUUUGAGGGUUUUUUCUAUGUCUACUCAGUACAGAAGGAAAAAAAAAUAUUGUAGUCUUGGAUUCGAGUUUUGUGAUCAAAAAGUUAAUAUAAAAAAAUCAAAGUCGUGGGGAUAUUUUUUCAUUCUUUCGUUAUUUUUGUCGACUUUGUCACUGGCGUCUGAAACCGAAACGAAAACAUUAUGCUAAAGAAAACUACAAAAAACUAUUUCUUAAUCCUAUUGUCGCAUCACUCAUUUUUAGACGUGUAAUUUUAUAAAACGUCACGAGGAUAAACGCUUAGUAUAUCGUAAUAGCGUUUAGCGCAUUUUAAUUAUAAAUAUGAAAUUAAGUGAACAAAAAAAAAUUUGAAAAAAUAAAACGAGACAGUUUUGUUGUGUAUCGAGGGACAAUAUAAACGAUUUUGUAUUUGUAAAAAAAACUGAAAAAAAAUUUAGAGUCGAAGACGACUGAUAUAAUUAAUUGUGCGCCUACAUUGAAGUAAUCAUUGUGGUGAUGACAAAUUUGCCAAUCCCUUUGGGCUGAAGAUGAGAAUAAUGUAAUUAUAAUCAAAGUCCUUGAGUGUCGUGCGCUUCGUUUAUACACUGUGGGAAUGCAGUCAAAAAUAUUGUUCUUCCAGAGCGUAAGCCCGAAAAAAUAUCCAAUCACUUUUCACCAAAUAUUUCUUUGGGAUUACGCUUUAAUAACAAAAACAAAAUGAGUAGACGUACAUUUGUAGCAACGGGUGAAUGGAUUGCAUUUCUCUAUUCGACACUGCCUAUACUCCCCCCUCCAUAUAACAAACAUCUCUUCAUCAAAUUAAUAUCGCAAUUUGCAUGAAAGAGCGGCCAUUCUUCGAGCCCACCCCCCUUCCCCCAUCAAUUUUAAUAGUUUUCCUGUUAUCCUGUGAUAAUUGUGGAAAAAAAUGUACGACACUAUUGCUAUUGAUUUCUUAACGUCUUUUAGUUUAUCACCUCUGAACGAUUGUGCUCAAUCUACUCCAAAAGGUCUUUUUUAGUCACUGAAGAACGACAACUUUAAAUCCUGGAAUAAAUGGUGAAUCAUAGAUACGAAUUAUCAUGUUUUAUAUAAUAAUGUGUAUUAUAGUAAUUUUAAUAUUAUUUAUACGCGUAUUUAUUUUAUAACUUUCAACUGUCAUUGAUAUUUUAAUUUUUUCUCUUCACAAAAAUAAGACAAAAAUACGUAUACACGAAAAAUAAAAAAAAAUAAGAAUGUGGAAAUUAAUUGACCAACGUACUGAUUCGCUCAUACAAAAUUUAUUGCUUUAUACAUUGAUAUAGGAUUGAGAAUAAAAAGUAUAUG